AUGACUGACCCUCCUCAGACUAUCCCUCUUCACCACCUUCCCUCAUCCAUCUCCUACAAUGCCGCCACCACCACAGCCCUGGAAUCUCACCUCAGCACAUCUGACGAGGAGUCUAGCCCGCCUCCGCGUUACACCCGCGAGAAUGACCCCUUCCAACUAGCCUCGAAGCUGAAAAGUCCCGAAGAAAUCGCCCAGAUGCAACCCCAAGCCAACAUCUCCCGCAAACGUCACACCUCCGGCUGCCUCCCGCACAACGCCAACCCCCGCAAUGCGCUCGCUUCCUCCCUAGCCUCCAAACAACUUCAAACGUUCUACGAAUCCCAGAAUGAGAACAUCCAACGCAUGCUCAAGCCCGUCGAAGAACACGUCCGCGAUGCCCGUGAAACAAACAGCAGCAACCAACUCAAGUACAAAAUCGCCGUCUGGGGCUCUUUCGCCGCCAAUGUCAUCCUCUGCGUUCUUCAACUCUACGGGGCCAUUUCCUCCAGCUCACUGUCCUUGUACACAACCAUGGCCGACGCCGUCUUUGAUCCUCUCUCCAAUAUCACUCUCCUCGUCUCCAACAAGGCCGUCAAUCGCGUCGACCCUCGUAAAUUCCCCGCCGGAAAAGCUCGUAUCGAAACAGCCGGCAACAUCUGCUUCUGUUUUCUCAUGACGGCUGUCUCUUUCAUCCUCAUUGCUUUCUCUGUCCGCGAACUCGCCGAAGGAUCCAACUCCGAGACGGGAUCUUUCCACCUCCCCUCCGUUGUCGCCGUCAUCGUCGCCUUUUGUACUAAAUUCGUGCUUUUCCUGUACUGCUUCGCGCUGAAGGAUCAGUAUUCCCAGGUCAUGAUCCUUUGGGAAGACCACCGCAAUGACCUCCUUAUCAACGGAUUCGGUAUCCUUACCAGCGUAGGUGGAGGUAAACUGCGCUGGUGGAUUGACCCCGCGGGAGCUAUCGUCCUCUCCGUGCUUGUCAGUUGUUUGUGGCUGUUCAGCGCGUAUCGCGAGUUCCAGUUGCUUAUCGGUGUUACGGCCGAUACGAAGAUGCAACAGUUGAUUACAUAUAUCUCAAUGACCCACUCCCCCCUCAUCACCGCCAUCGAUACCGUCCGUGCAUACACCUCCGGUCCUCGAUUGCUUGUGGAAGUGGACAUCGUCAUGGACCCGAACGAUUCGCUGCGGGCUACGCAUGAUGUCGCGGAGGAAUUGCAGAUGAAGUUGGAGUCUUUGCCAGACGUGGAGCGUGCGUAUGUGCAUGUGGAUUAUGAGACCACGCAUAAGCCGGAGCACUUCUUGAAGAAGGAGUUGUAG